AUGUUUGGUGCGAAGACGCCGAUGGCGCUGAAGGGCUUGCAGCAGGAAGCGGAAGACAUGUUCUCGGAUGAGGGCGGAAACAAGUCGCCGCGCGGGGCGGCCCCGCGCAAUGAAGGGAGCGGCAAGGACGGGAGCGCCAGCGACAACGAAAGGCGGUCGAGGAGGUCCAAACGGUCCAAGCGCCCCCCCUCCAGCUCGGGCAGUGACUCCGAUGGCGGCGCCCGGAGGGGGGAAGCCGAGCAGGACUGCAUGGACCAGACUCUCUGCACCCUGGCCGGCUGCAAGAUCACGGGUUUCUGGACGGGGGUCAUUGUGGGUUCGGUGAUGCUGGUGACCAUCGUUAUCGUAAUUAUCGUCUGCACGCGCGGAUCCGAAAAGGAGGAGGAGGACGACGAAUCGGAGGGCAGCGGCUUCCUGCAAAAUGUCGGACUUCUCGGAAGACGAGGCGCAGCCGCCCUGGGGACGACGGGCGACAGCGCGAAGCCGUUUUCGCACCCUAGGCUCCGGGGGUCGAAGGCCGCGCGCUCGGCCGCCUUCGCGGGUUCGGAAUUUGUGGAGGUGUGGAGCAGUCCCAAAGACGUGAUUAAGUUGUAA